CCGGCGCGCGGAAGCGGAAGCGGAAGUGGCCGUGGGCCGCGGCGGGGGAAGAGGAUGUUGGACUUUGCCUUUGCCAGCCGGCUGCUGCCAUGGAUAUACCAGUCUUCAUACUUGCAGGGCUCCUUGUGCAUUGUGUGUUCUUGGUCUCCAUUUUUGACAUCUACUUCAGCUCUCCCCUCGUCCAUGGAAUGACUCCUCAACAGACUCCACUGCCGCCUCCGGCCAAACGUCUUGUGCUUUUUGUUGCUGAUGGUCUGCGAGCAGAUUCUCUGUAUGAGUUAAACAGCAAUGGCACACCCUGGGCACCUUACCUGCGGAGUAUUCUAGAGAAUAAUGGCAGCUGGGGAAUCUCUCACACUCGGGUCCCAACAGAAUCCAGGCCGGGGCACGUGGCACUUAUAGCUGGAUUUUAUGAAGAUGUCAGUGCAGUUGCUAAAGGAUGGAAGGAGAAUCCAGUAGAAUUUGACUCUGUUUUCAAUGAAAGUAAAUAUACCUGGAGCUGGGGAAGCCCAGAUAUUUUGCCAAUGUUUGCAAAAGGUGCUACUGGAGAUCAUGUUUAUACAUUUUGUUAUGCAGCAGAAAGUGAAGACUUUGGAGCAGAAGAUGCAGCCAAGCUUGACAUAUGGGUUUUUGAUCAUGUUAAGAGCUUCUUUAAUUCUUCCAGAAGUAAUCAAACAUUGUUCUCUGCACUGAAUGAAGAGAAAGUGGUUCUGUUCCUGCAUUUGCUAGGCAUAGACACCAAUGGACAUGCUCAUCGGCCAAACUCAAGGGAAUACCAGGAGAAUAUUAAACAAGUUGAUGAGGGUGUGAAAGAAAUUGCUUCACUGAUUGACGAUUUCUAUGGAAAUGAUGGAAAGACUGCAUUUAUUUUAACUUCUGACCAUGGAAUGACAGAUUGGGGAUCCCAUGGAGCUGGUCAUCCCUCAGAAACUUUAACACCACUGAUUGUUUGGGGUGCUGGGGUAAAUUAUCCACAGCAAGUUACAUCCCAGUUCUUUGAAGACAAUUUUUUGAAAGAAUGGAAACUGGAGAACUUGAAGAGGAUUGAUGUCAAUCAGGCUGAUGUAGCACCACUGAUGGCUUCCCUUAUCGGUGUGCCUUUCCCCCUGAACUCUGUGGGAACUCUGCCUUUGGAGUAUCUGAACAGUAGUGCUCAUUUCAAAGCAGAGAGCAUGUUCACCAACGCUGUUCAGAUUCUUGAACAAUUUAAGGUUAAGAUGAGUCAGAAAAAGAAAACCACAUUGUCAUUUCUUUUCACACCAUUCAAACCUCUUUCUGAUUCUGAACAGAUCAACUUGUUAAAAAAAAUAAGACUGUAUAUUCAGCAGCAGAAGUAUGAUGAAGCGGUAGCCCUGUGCAAGACCCUGAUUAACCUUGCUUUGGAAGGCUUGUCUUACUACCAUAAGUAUGAUAGAUUAUUCCUGGGUCUAAGUAUUGCAGUGGGUUUUGUGGGCUGGACGACUUACGUGAUUCUGGUCAUUAUCAAGGCCCACACCAAUUUGACCAAGACUGUCCCAACUAAUGAAAAGAAAUAUACUGUUCUCUUCUACAGUUUUGCCUCUGCUGGAAUGAUAAUAGCUUUUUUUCUGUUGAUUCAAACAUGUCCUUGGACAUACUAUGUAUACUGUCUCUUGCCAGUGCCAGUAUGGUAUGCAGUUUUGAGAGAAAUUCCCGUUAUUCAAGACCUUGCCACAAAUGUUUUGUCACUUCAUAUGGGUCAAUCUAUAGGAUUCCUCUUGGUUUGUAUACUGGGAAUUGAAAUACUAGUCUUCAGCUUUUUCUACCGCUCUGCACUCACCAUUGGCCUUCUUGUCUUUGCUGGCUGGCCAGUGAUCACACAGCUGUGGAUUCAAGCUAAGACAAAAGCAUUGAUCUGGACUCUCCUGUGUGUGCUCCUGGCAGUAUUUCCGUUAAUGCCUGUUGUAGGAAGAGAACCAAACAUUCCUCUGGUAAUAGCAGCUGGUUUGCUGACCCUCUUGAUAUCUUUCUUCUCAUUGGCAUCUCUUUGUAAAAGUGAAAAUAAGUACAGAGAUAAUGAAGAUCUGAAAGUAUAUUUUUAUCAGAUGUUCAGUGUUGCACUUUCAACAUAUGUUGUGAGCAGUACCCAUAACAGUCUUAAGAACAAACAGGGAUUGCCUGUAAUGAAUCAAAUUAUUAGCUGGAUGACUCUAGUUUCUUCCCCAGUGUUGCUGCUACUGAGCCCCACGUUUCUCUUUCAGAGACUGUUCAGCAUAUUGCUCUCCCUGAUGUCCACCUACCUACUCUUCAGCACAGGAUAUGAAGCUCUCUUUCCACUGGCACUGUUUGGUUUGAUGUUUGCAUGGAUAAAUAUGGAACAAGAAGCACUGCAGCAUUAUGGUCUUUCACUCAAACCAAAGCUUGCUGUUUUCAACUUCACCUGUGCUGUGGAUAUAACUCAGUUUCGACAGCUCCACCUGGAUGACGUCCGGAGGUCCUUCUUCUUUGUUUUUUUCAUAGUGACAGCCUUUUUUGGCACUGGAAACAUAGCUUCUAUUAACAGUUUUGAUCCUGCUUCUGUCUAUUGUUUCUUGACUGUGUUCAGUCCCUUCAUGAUGGGAGGCUUGCUUUUACUGAAGGUAGCAAUCCCGUUUGUUCUGGUAUCAUGUGCUUUCGAAGCUGUUCAAGUCACAACACAGCUGUCUUCUAAGAGCCUUUUCCUCAUUGUUCUUGUGAUUUCAGACAUUAUGGCUUUGCAUUUUUUCUUUUUGGUUCAAGAUUAUGGAAGCUGGCUGGAUAUUGGAACAAGCAUCAGCCACUAUGUGCUGGUGAUGUCGCUGACCAUAUUUAUGAUGGUGAUGAAUGGACUGGCCCAGCUGUUAACUACACAGAGACUUGGACAUCCCAGAAGGACUAAGCACCAUUCCACGUGAUAAAGCAUCUUCAGGCUUCCUCUGAACUAACCUCCAGCUCUGGAACAUAAAUGACAGUUAGUGGGACUAGACUGCCAAAAUCCCAUCCAGGGAUCAGAGUGCUCUGCUGAUACAGAUUAAAUGCUGUCACAUGACUGAAAUUUGCAUUUGAGGGUUACCAUUUUUAGACACCAACGGGAAUAUGGAAUAAAAAAGGCUCUUAUUCUUCAAGCAUACAUAUUUCUUGAAAAUGCAAACAGCAACAAAAUUCUUUCUAAAAUACAUAGGCAACUAUCUUUUGGGUUGGGUUUUUUGGGGAGAUGGGGGUUUUUUUGUUGUUAUAACUUGGGUGCCAGCUGUUUAUUCACACAUACUCUCAUUGGGAGCAUGCAAAGUUCUAGCUUUGUUUCAUGUCUCGCAUAAGCACGUCCCAGGCUAAAGCAUGAAUGAAAUCAGUCUGGGCAGAUCACUGGUUUCUGUGUUACCGAUGUGGCACACACGUUGGAAUAUCUCUGAAACGGGCUGUGCUUUCUGCAAGCCGUGUCAGCAUGCCUGUGAGAUAUGUUGAGGCAGGUUAAGGCUGGUGUGCUGUGAAGCUGUUGCUGUAAGACAACAUCUUUCAGCUCAUCCCACUGCAAAUUGCUGCCGCUGACUGUGCUCUCCUGCUGCCUCCUGAGCUUGGGCGGGCUGAGCAGUAUGACACUCAGGUAGCUGAUUCAAAUGAAAAGGAACCUGGUUAAAUAGCAGUCAAAUUCCCUGGGCCAGCUCAUGACAGGGUGGGCAGGAAGGUUAGGGCUUAUUGUUUCCAUAGCAGCCCAGACUUAGGUCAGCAUAAAGAGGUCAUGAAACUGCAGCUGGAGUUGCUAGUUUGCAGAGAGUGAUGCCAUGUGGAGGCUUUUUUUUUUAUCCUUGUUUUCCUUUUCACUUGUGUUCUGCUGCUGAUUACAAGCAUCAGUAAUGGCUGCACAAUGAAUCUAAUGCAUAUUCCCUGCAUACUGAUUACAAGUGAGAAGCAAGGAAAAGAAAAAAUGUUGUUCAUUCUGGCCCAUUCUACAAUGGCAUCACUAAAAAUUGUGCUAUGUAAUAUCUGUGUGUCACACUCCUAACUUGCAGCCAGGCCUUUCUAUCUGGGAGCUGAUACAUAUGGUGCAUGAUGCUGGCAGCCAAGGCUAGACAUACAUCAUUGGAGGGCUGCUCCAAUGCUCUUUCCAGCCAUCUGGCAUUUGGCCAUGGUCACAUGUCUGUUUAACACUGAAAGCUAGUCAUUCCUCUGCAGGAAGUUUGGCUGUGAGAAACUGGUCACAAACCUCCAUCUGCUUGCUGUAGAAAAAAAUGGCAUCACAGGCCUGCAGUCAUCUGUGCAGCAUCAGAGUGCCUCAUGAGAGUGUCUGAGUACUGUUAAGGGAAUAAUUUUUUCCACUAGGUAAUGGUCCACUGGUCCCACUGGGCAUGUUGUCUCACAGUUGGCCUCAGUUGCAGAAGGUAUUUUGCGCUUGUUACGGGCUGCACCUGCAGACUGCACACCUAAAGGUGGGCUUGUGCCUGGUGCUGGUGGCUGUACCCUACAGCCAAGGCAAGGAACAACCACAAGCAGCAGGAAAGUUGCCACUGCAGCAAAGUCUGUGUGUAGGUGUGGGAAUGUGCCACACUUGUUCCAGGAUCCAGUGGGUGUCCGCUAUGGAGAGCUAUCCUCGCCUCAGCCUCACUCCACAAGCAUCUACAGCAUACUGUAUGACUGUGGGUACUGUAUCCUCAGCUUUGUGUGACCAAACUGAUGUCUUGAGACCUCUGGCCACAGUGCUGUCCCUUCAGUACACAAAGCUGUAAGCCAUUGAUCAUCCCAGUCUCCAUUGCUGGAGUGACUGCUUUGCAGAACUACUGUUUGUAGAACAAAUUCACUCAUGGGAGCAGCUGAACAGCUGGCAUUGGUGUGAUGUGAAGAAAUUGACUGAAAAAGUAGGAAUGUGGGACUCACAGGGCUGCCACCCUUAAGUCACACCUUCUGCAAGCUUGUCAAAACUGCUUGUUAUCUAUGACAAGACCGAGUGGAUGUCCUGCCUAUUAGGAGGUACAUACUGCUGGCACUGCAGGAUCCCUGGGAGAAUGCACAGGAGCUCAAACCUGAUGCCUUUCCUUACCACAGGGGGCUGGUAAUAAAACAGCAUCUCAGCCUACUGCAUCUGGUGCUGCUCAUCUGUGGUAGCAGGAAUAAUCUACUCUGGUAUGCAGGCAAGUGGAAAUGAAUGGGCAAAGUACAACCUGCAUCACUUACUCUUUCUGCUUAUGGUUUCCAUGGCACCUUUUUCUACAAAAUGGGUUUUGUUUCUUACAUCCUUCCUUGUAAGAGAAGAAAGGGGACUAUGAGCACAGGGCAGUAUUUGCAACAUGCGUGUUGUUUUUCCCCAGUGCUGCUCUGCAGGGGUUUGUUCUUGUUUGCCAUUUGCUCUGGCUGGGCCAUGGUGGUAGCAACCUCAGCUGACCUUUCCCUUUCCCCCUCUGGUUCCUUGCAUCUCUGUGCCAUUUGUGAAUUCAUUUUCUAUCGGAGGCCACAGGAGUGCUGGAGAGCAGCUCUCAUGGAGAGGCAGGAUUGGCUGUGCUAUUCUCGUGUCUCCCCAGGGGAGGCUCUUGCUGGAGUCUUGGCCUGCGCUUCUGGGUUGACUCCAGCACAGAGAGGUGUCAAAAAUUCUCCCACUCAGCUACUUUACACAACCCCAUGGGGUGUGUGACAAAGUCGACUCUUCCCUCCCACAGAUGCAUGUUCUUCUCCUGAAACAAAUGGCAUCAGCAAUAAAAAGUGCCCCCCAAACUUAGCAGCUAAGGUAGGGAGUGAAAUGUUGUGCUUGGAUGGGUUUAAGCCUUCUUUUGUUCUAUUUGUGGGUCUUCAAGCAUCAUCAUCCCUAUUCAGGGGGUCCAGAGAGGAUUCAGGCCACAGAAAGGGGGUUCUGAGCCAGGAGGGUCUUCCAGCUCAUGUUUUCUGUGAAGGGCAUGAAGGCAGAAUUACCCCAAGCCCUUCUGCCUGCCUUCUUUCAUGUGCAGCAGAGCUACACACUCUCUGACUCCUGGAGCAGGUGAGGCUCCAGAGAGUGAAAACCUCAGGCAGGGAAAGGCAGGUAGAUCAACAUUAUUGCUUAUGUAAAGGGCUGCACAAUUUUUAUUUUUUUUUUAACUAAAAGCCUUGCAAAGCUUCUAUCUUCUUCAUUUCAGAUCCAUGGAUCCCUGAAGAGCUAACUAUAAACCCAGAGUGCCCAUCAGGUCGUGUAAUGCAAGAGAAACUGUACUGAAGAGCAGCUGAUACAAAGGUCUUGUAAUCUCCAGUGCUAGGAAUUGUUCUCUGCUUUUGUGUCAUCAAGGCUGUACACAGCAGCCUUUUGAUAUCUGCCCAGGGAGUGAGCUGUUUCUUCAGAAAUGAUGAAGCUUAGAUUAUAUCAAGACCUCUUAUGACUCAAACGAAAUAACUUUCCCUUCUCCCUCACCGAGUAAAUCAGAUUUUGCAAGCUUUGGCAAUUUCAGUGCAUGGCGUGCCUGUUAGUUGUAAGUCUGCUACAGUCUUCACAUUCUUGAAUGAGAACAAAUACGUGAAUGAACAUUCAUGGUCUCACCCUAACCUUAAACUGCAAUGUCUAGUUUGGAGAAGCCAAAAUGCAAAUGUUUUUUCAGCUCCUUCCACCUCAGCUAAUCUGUAAGGAUGUGAUGCUCAUUACUUCUCCAGUUUGUCUAUGUGAAUCCUUCAGUCCCUUUUCCCACGGCUUUGGAGUGGUGGGGGUACUUCUCCCAGAUGUCUUUGGCAAAAAGAAUGAGAACAUGGAAGGUGCCAUGCUUGCUUCUGCAUCUGAUAGAUGUGGGGUUCUGUGAGCAGGAGCCAGCUGAAGAGAAUAUUUUUGGGAGCUAUAGUGGUGGUAUAUUGUGGUAAGGAAGAGAGAACUUCUCUGUCUUGCACCUGCUCUGGGGUGUGCUGUGUGUCAGAGUGAUGGGACAGCUCUAGAUGCCCCCUUUUCCAUCAACACAUGGCUCCAUCCAGCCUGAAGGUGAAAAACUUUCUUCUCCUGUGUGUUGUCUUUGGGAAGCUGCUUUGUGAGCUGCCAUGGCUGGGGAAGAUCUGGGAACCUGUCUUGCAGAGCUGCCAGGUGUGUGGUACAGCCCCAGAGCAGUCCCGAUUAUCCAUCCAUGAGACAGGACUUGUGGUGAGCCAGAACUGACUGUCACAGCAACUGAUGGUCACCAAGUUCUCACUGGUGUCUCUUGGACUAGUUAUGUUCAUAAGGAUGUGUAGUGUUGAAUUCAGUUCAUUGGCUUACAGAGGCUCUGAAUUCAGCUGCUUCCUGCAAGGGCUCCCUCCUCACCCCAGGGCAGGGCACAGUAUUUUAGCAUUUGAGGACUGAAAAGAGGAAGGAGGAGGCUGAAAGCAUGGCACUCUCCCUCUUCCCACGACCUUUGAAAUCAAGCUUGUUGAUAUUUUCCUUAUUUAUUUGACUUAUGCUUGGCAUAACUUUCUAGCUUUGAAGGUGGAUAAUAUAAAGUGGAUGACAACA